AUGGAAAAGAAUGCUUCGGUGGGCCAAGCUGGCCAGACUAGCGGUAACGUAGCCGAGAGGAAUGGUUGUAUGGACUUGAGUGAAACAAGCAAACAGGACCCGGCCGUGCAGUUACGGCCUCGCACCAAUGCGGAGGCGCGGAAGAUGUUAGCUGACAUCAAGUAUCGCGAGGAGGCCGUGGAAUUUGCAAAGAAGUUUCUACCUAGGGCCUACGUUGAGGAUCACAUAAGAAUAAAGAGGAAGCUGAGCAAGAAGCCUCGGCUGGCCAAGGAAUAUGUCCCGAGUUAUCCGCCGAAACCCUGGAAACUUCCCAAGGCACUCCAGCAGUGGCAGAACAGUGUUGUCGCAAAUGAAGGGCGCCCGUCGGUGUUGCUGCUUGCUUGCAAAACUGAGUGGGCGAGGAGCUUUGGAAAGCCCGCGGAGAUGGGUCCCAAGUGGUAUCCUGACGCCUUUGCAGAUGGCAACACUCAUUUGAUCAUGAAUAACAUGAUGUGGGGUGCCGGUGGCCCCUGGGCAGAGAUUUUGAGCUGCAAGCCGUCGUUUGUGGUGAAACGCAGGGGCGGAAACGGCAAGACAUACACCUUGGGUAAGCCGGUCGUGGUGACGUGCAACAGGGACAACGAUCCCAGGAAGAACCCCAGGGUUGCGGCGCUUUUCAAGGCGGAGCACGUUGUGGCUGUCGACUUGCGCAGGAAGUUUUUUUGA